UAUCGUUCCAGUGGGAUCUCGGAACGCGGAACUACAGUCACUGUUCAAUGCAGAUGCAACCGACAUUAGUGUGCCCGGAUCAAAAGCGCAAACUCGCACACACGUGGCCGCAUAAACAGCGCACGGACACGCGCCAGGAUCGUUCAGGGGCUUUGACCGCUCUGCACGUUACCGUCAACUCGCCCCGUUCUCCUCGUAAAAGACGGAGCGCUUCAUCGGCUGUCACCCUACGAGACUGAAAACUCCCAAAGUCAGUGGGACAGACGAAGAUGGAACCUCUCUUCAGGAGACGAGCUGAUGGCAGUCUAAACCUGACUGAUACAAGCGAUGCAACAAAGGUGAAGGAAGCUAAUAGAGGAAAGCCAUGGAUGCGACCCGUGUCCCCAGAGGCAGUGCUUGAUAAAGCUAAAACAGCUUUAAUUCAGCACCAUGGAGAUCCAACAAACAGAAAGCACCUGCUGGGUUUCUUCGAAAUUCAGUUUGGGGUCUAUCGUGGGCAGACAUUUAAGUGGGUGGUUCAAAAUGUCUUGGGAUAUGCUGCUUACCUUGUGGCAGCUAUGAAGAGGGACCCCACAGGAGGAAGCGAAGACCAUCAACACCAUGCCCACAAUAAGAGGUGUUUGAGGGAGUACAUUGAGCUCUUUCCUUCUGGCAAAAUUGCAAUUGCUAUGAAGGAAGAGCAAUAUGUUGGGAAAACUUCCGCUGCCACCUCCCAGGUCUCUCCUCCCACCCAGCACACUGACACUUCCUCUCUCCAAUCCCUACUGGUUAGGAAUUUGCCUAAACAGAAAAGCUUGACCAGUACUUUUAAAAAGCUGCCAUCCCCCAUCAAAGCCAAACCUUCGCCCUCAUCCACCCUCACCAACCCGUCUCUGUCCACUGAGGCAGCAGCAGGGCCCUCAUCCACCCUCACCAACCCGUCUCUGUCCACUGAGGCAGCAGCAGGGCCCUCAUCCACCCUCAUCCACUCCUCUGUGUCCACUGAGAUGGAUGACAGCACACUACUGGCAGCGGCGACAAAAGUGGAGAAGACACAUGUGAUGCAAUUGCGAGUCUGUCUUCCAGCGGGCUGGAUACACAUCUUGCCUGAUGUGGACCAGCGGUGGAUAUCUAAGACCCUCUUUAGGUGGACAGCACAGGGGCAUCCUGAGCUGGAUUUCAGCAGGGUUGACAAACUUUGGUGGUAUCCUCCACAGGUGCCACUUAGGACCAGUAAUUCCCCACUGCUGGAAAAUUACUUUGGCCAUCCCCUGCUGCUCUGGAUGCCACAAAAGCUGUGGCAAGUCAGGUUGAAGUGUCCACAUCCAGAAUGUCAGAACGAACUUUUGACCUCAGCCGGCCUGCAUCAGAAGAUCAGACAGGUGGUGGGCGUGGGGAAGAUGUAUUUUGUUGCGUCUGAGUACCUGGCCUGUCGGAGAUGCAAGAGGAAGUUCACCAGCUGGAGCCAUGAUAUUGUCUCCCAGCUCGACAUUGGCCACAGGGUGCAGUUCCCUUGCAUCCUCACAUCAAAACUGGCAUGUGACAAGGAGGUAGCUACUUUGAUGCGUCAACUAGGGCUGGGAAACAGCAGCAGCCAGAUCCAGCGGAAGCUGCAGGAGUCUCAUACUGAGGUCUGGUUGCAGAAGAUUGUCCAGUACCUGACAGAGUGCAAGGGGAUUGCCAGUGCUGUUGCAUCUGGCCUGAUCCUGCCUGUGACCUUUGAGCCUGCACCUGCCAUGCUUCCUGUCCCCAAGCACCAGUGGCUGAUGCAGGUUUAUGUCCAGGAUAUCCUGCAAAGGCUUAAUGAGAUCAAGGCCACCAUCACGUCACAAUAUGGUCGGAUAUUGAAAAUUGAUUCGACUAAAAAGUUUGCUCGAAAGCUUGCAGGACGCACCUACACUACCUGGGCAACUAACGUUGGAAAUGAGAACGGACAGGUGAUCAUGUCUGUUCUCACAGCCAGCGAAGGUUCCGGUCUCGGGCCGAUGAUUGAAGGCCUCAUUAAUCGGUACAGACUGGCUGGGGUGGCUCCUCCUGAGAUAGUGUAUGUCGACCGAGACUGCUGUGGCAACACUAUUCUGAGGAGGAUGUUUGAAGAGUGGGAGCAAAUGACCAUCCGCUUAGACAUUUGGCAUUUCAUGCAGAGGAUUGCUGUGGGUUGCACAACUGACUCACAUAAGUUAUAUGCAAACUUCAUGAGUCGCCUAAGCCACUGUAUUUUCAUGUGGGACGAGGCCGACCUGACGGUCCUGAAGAUGGCGAAGCGGGCAGAGCUAGAAGCUGAGCGGAAACAACCCUCCGAGGCUGAUGUACUGCGCUUUAUCACCCGAAGUGAGCUAGCCCUGCAUUGCAAGAGAACCACCCGCGGGACUAAGGAGACCCAGGCACUAAUUGAGAGCCUUAUCCAGGCCUUUGAUGGAGCUGCUGGUCGUGACACUCAGGGAGUCCCUCUCAUCAACUCGGCCAGGAUGAACGAGAUCUGGAAGUCUCAGCAUAAGCACGUGGCCUGCAUCCAGGAUCCUCCUGGGGUGCAGUUCUAUACGCAGAUGGGAACUGUAGUGAAGGGAGGGCACCGUCUGCCAACCUACCGCUGUGCCAGAGGUUCCACAUCGCUUGAAUCGUUUCACUUACACAUGAACCGAUUCAUCCCAGGUGCACAUUUACAGGCAAGUGACACCUUCUUCCAGGCCUAUCUUUUGGAUGGACUUGUAAGGUGGAAUGAGGCCCGGGCUGUGGCAGCAACAACUGAAGGGCAGCAGCCACAUUCCUACAACCAUCUUCUCCGCCAUGCUGUAAAUACUCUUGCAGAGGAGGUCCUGGGCAAGAAAAUCAUCCCUUAUGCUGGGCCUAGGAAAUACACUGGUGAGCUUAUUGGAGUUGAAUACCUUUACCAGCAAACUGGUAAAAUCCUGCAGGACUACAAGUUGGCCAUUGAGGAGUCAGAGACCACUGAUGUUCAUGUAGAGGUGGAUGAAGGUUAUGCUGAACUAGAGGAGUUUCAGGACAUCACUGUCCCCACCUUUGACACCCCGGGGCGAACCCCUGGUGCCUCCUCACAAGCAUCAGCAGCGUCCCUGAUUUCAUCAGCUCCAACUCCCCCAGCAACUAGCUCCGGCUCAUCACUGUCUUUGGUCCCUCCAUCAUCAAUACCGUCCACUACAACCAGCUCUCUGCUCACUCAGUCAAAGCCAACACAUAGCUCCCCAGUGGACCAAUUAUCAGCAGAACCCAAGAGCACAUCUGCAAAAUCUGAAGAGUCCACUUCACAUAAUGAUUCUGUUGGACCAGACAACUUUGAGGGUUAUGCGGCCGUGCAGAAUUUGGCAGAGUGUUUGGUUGGCCUCAGAGACCACCGUCUUGCCUUGACUGGAGAAGAGUGCACCCAAAUCAUCACCCUGUGGCAGGCACUGGGGGAGUAUGACAAGAAGAAGACAGUUUACAAACCACGUCACCAAAGCACUCAGGGACGAUUCAGGGCCACUAAAAAGAUUGUGGCACCAGGUGUGGAGGGCACCAAAAGGUGUUUCAUUGGGGCUCAUAGUCCAGCACAGUGGCCUGACUGCGACAGAGUGGUGGAGGCCAUCUUCACAAGGCUCUGCACUCUUAACCACUACCCUGUGCUCUGUGAUGGAGUGAAGGUGGCACGUUUGUACAAGCACAUCCGUGAAUGCAUCAUCACCAACGCUAAGGUGAUGAGCGAGACAACCAUCCAGCUUCCAGAAGUGAAUGCUGCAACGGUCACACAAUGGUUCAGCAGGCGUUACAAGCCUCAAGACAAAGCUUCCGUCCCACCCAUGUCAGUACCAGGAAAGUUGCCUUUGGCUCCGCUGAAAAAAAAACCCCUGCAUUCUGGCAGUUUGGCUGUACCACACAAUUUCAUCCUGUCACGUAACACUGCUGGGAAGGCGAAACUCAAGGGGACGCUGCAACCUCUGGCCAUUUCCCAGGCCCUACCACCCCCAUCAAAUCAAUGCUAUCCUGUUAUUGCACCAGCACCAUCCAGCUCCCUCACCUUCAUUUUGCCAUCUGUGCAGAUUCCUACAGUACCUGGACCCUCACGGAUGAUGGCUGCACCUGGAACCUCACAGAUGGUAUACUUCAAUCUCCCAUUACCCUCAACUAGUCCACCAUCAACUGAGACAUGGACUCAAGCUUUGCCUUACACCACGCAGCGGUACAGGAAGAGAAAACUAGAGAGUGAGCGCACUGGCGCUUUCAAAAGAAAAUACCAGAAGAAGACAGAUGUGAUUCUUUGUAAGAAGUGCCAGAAGGAGAGAAAGCCUCCUUCACAUCUCCAGUACUUUGGUAACUGGUACUGUGAAGACUCUGAGACUCAGACAUACGUGGACUGGAGGGCUGUGCUGGAAAAACGGGGUUAUCGGAAAAAAAAACAGGGAAAUGACAAACCUCGUUAUUGAUAUUUCACUAUAUUUCUUUUACAUUCCAUCUCACUUGCUGGCAUGCUGUAUGUAUUAAUUUAAUAUUAGCACAUAUUGCACAUUAGGGCGGCAGAUCAAACAGAUGCUGUCCAGGAUGAGUUUGUUUUACGUACAGUAGUUUUUGAUCUUGUUUACGCCUCAAUUUGUUUAUGUUACACAUUUUGAUUAUUAUUGUUAGUAUGGGUGUUAUUUAUAUUUUUAUGUUGUUACUAUUACUAUCACUAUUAUUAGUAUUUCUACUUUGUAGGAGUACUGAUAGUAAAAAAAAUUAUCAUAUUUUUUUUAUCAUAUUUGUUAUUGUUCAAAUAAAAGGAGUUUGGACAUUU